CAGGAGUCGGGGAGGAUAAAUAAAAUGGCGUCCACGUCCAGUCCGGCAGGGGGAGGGGGUUUAGGAAACCGGACCCUUGACCAUAAUUACACAAGCAAGCGCCGCCUCCAGCAUGCUUUGACACUUCUCUGUCGUCUCGCCAACUUCCCGCUCUCCAACGAGUCUGCCACUCUAACGAAUGGUCGGAGGAGGCAUGGCCACGGCGGAAGACCACGGCGGAAGACAAGGAAUCUGAAACCGGUUGACCCCGUCUUGACACUCCGCCUACGACAUCAAGAAGCACCGGCUCCCGGCGAGCCCCAAAAAUGAAGCCCUCAUCCGCCAUACUGCUAGCUCUGGCUCCUGGUUCCUCGUCUAAAAAUGUUGUCGAGUUCAGCGUUAGCAGAGGCCUUCCAGGCAACCGCACCCCGCUCUCCUUUCCUCCGUUGACACGGCGGGAGACGUACUCGGAGAGACUCAUCAACAACAUCGCAGGCGGCGGCUAUUACGUGCAGGUCCAGGUCGGAACCCCCCCACAGAACUUGACGAUGCUGCUAGACACGGGGAGCAGCGACGCCUGGGUGCUGAGCCACGAGGCAGAUCUCUGUAUCAGCCCGGCCCUGCAGGAUUUCUACGGCAUGCCGUGUACCGACACCUACGACCCUUCCAAGAGCUCGUCCAAGAAGAUGGUGGAGGAGGGCGGGUUCAAAAUCACCUACCUCGACGGCGGCACCGCCUCGGGGGACUACAUCACCGACCACUUCACCAUCGGCGGUGUCACCGUCCAGUCGCUACAGAUGGCCUGCGUGACCAAGGCCGUCAGGGGCACCGGCAUCCUGGGUCUCGGCUUCAGCAUCAGCGAACGUGCAUCCACCAAGUAUCCCAAUAUCAUCGACGAGAUGUACAGCCAGGGCCUGAUCAAGAGCAAAGCCUUCUCCCUCUACCUCAACGAUCGGCGCGCCGACUCGGGCACCCUCCUCUUCGGCGGCAUCGACACCGACAAGUUCAUCGGCCCGCUCGGGGUCCUCCCGCUGCAUAAGCCUCCAGGCGAUCGCGACUACUCCUCCUUCGAAGUCAACUUCACCUCCGUCUCCCUCACCUACACCAACGGCUCCCGCCACACCAUCCCGACCGCCAUCCUCAACCACCCCGCCCCGGCCGUCCUCGACUCGGGCACCACCCUCUCCUACCUCCCCGACGAGCUGGCCGACCCCAUCAACACGGCCCUCGACACCUUCUACGACGACCGGCUCCAGAUGACCCUGAUCGACUGCUCCCACCCCCUGCUCCGGACCGACCCGGACUUCCACCUGGCCUUCACCUUCACCCCGACGACGAGCAUCACCGUCCCGCUGGGCGAUCUGGUCCUCGACAUCCUCCCGCCAACCUACCCCCAAUCCAACAGCAAUAACAACAACGAAGUCGAAGACGACGACGACGACGACGAUGACGAUGAUGACGACGACAAAGUCCCCCCCGCUACCGAAAGGAGGUGGUGCGUCUUUGGCAUCCAGUCAACCACCCGCUUCGCCGCCUCCUCCGGCCAGAGCGAGGCCAACUUCACCCUCCUGGGCGACACCUUCCUCCGCUCCGCCUACGUCGUCUACGACCUGUCGCACUACCAGAUCGGCCUGGCCCAGGCCAACCUCAACAGCAGCAGCAGCAGCACCAACACGAACACCAUCGUGGAGCUCACCGCCGACAACCACGACGACGGCGCCUCCGAGAGAGGCGAGGGCGCGGGCGCGGGCGCCGACGCGGGCACGCGCACGGUGAUCGCUGGUGGCCUCCCGAGCGGCCUGAUGGGCGUCGAGGCGCAGCAGACGACCUUUACCCCGACAGCCACCGCCAAUGGUCACCCGGGUUACGGAGGAGGCCCGGGCGGGAGCACCCGGCCCGGCUCGGAGCGGAAUGCGGCUGCCGGAGGUUUCACGGCGGUCAGGACGGGCCUGCUCGGGGAACUGGUCGGUGUUGCUGCGGUGACGGCUCUGUUUAUCCUCUUAGGGGGCGCACUCAUAGCAGUCUGAUGAUGAUGAUUGCCCGCCCGUCCACAUGUUUUAUUUUAAAACAAGAUGCAUGAAUGUACCAGCUCUGUCUUUCUACAUAGUUCAUCUAGCGAGAUAGAAACGGGCCAGUCAGUUCCCCUAU